AUGUCGAGCCCAAUCCGCCCCUCCAGUCCCGCCCGCACCUCCGUCCUUCUCUCUAACCUGGCCUCCGUGACCGCCCGCGUCAACGCCGCCGCCGCCAAACGCACCGCCGACCCCUCCCCCUCCUCCCCCCCACGCCUCAUCGCCGUCUCCAAACUCAAACCCGCCGCCGACAUCCUCUCCCUCCACCAACCCCCCACUGCCCACCAUCACUUCGGUGAGAACUACCUCCAAGAGCUGACCGAGAAAUCUCGUCUCCUGCCCCCCACCAUCAAAUGGCACUUCAUCGGCGGUCUGCAAUCCAACAAAUGCGUCACCCUUGCCCGGGAUGUUCGCGGCCUCUGGGCCGUCGAGAGUGUCGAUUCCCAGAAGAAGGCCUCCUUGCUGGAUAAGGGCUGGGGCGAGCGGUCUGACGAGGUCCGCGCCACCAACCAUGAGGAGCGCCUGCGGGUCUUCGUCCAGGUGAAUACCUCGGGCGAGGAGAAUAAGUCGGGCGUGGAGCCCGGUAGCGAUGCCGUCGCGUUGUGUCGCUUCAUUCGGGACCAGUGUCCCCGGUUGCGCUUGCAGGGGCUCAUGACCAUUGGGGCUAUUGCGCGGUCCAAGGCCACCGCCCCCGACAAGGAGAAUGAGGAUUUCGUCUGUCUGAGGGAGACGAGGGAUCGCGUCGUGGCCGAGUUGGGCCUCGUCGGAGAGGACGCGCGCUUGGAAUUGAGCAUGGGCAUGAGUGAGGACUUUGAGGGGGCCAUUGCCCUCGGCAGUGAUGAGGUGCGUGUCGGAACUACCAUCUUUGGGGACCGCCCGCCCAAGGAUCAGGCCAGGGUCAUCUGA